UUCACUCGCUACAAAUAUCCUCCCAGGCUGUUAAUGUGCGUAAAGUAGACACGCACCGGCUGCAACUGAACUUUACGCACCGACAGAGAGAGGAAAAGAGACGAUUUACAGCAGACAUGAGUCACGUUUUGGACAUUGAGCGCUGUGACCUGAACAUCUCAACCAAUAAAAGCAGCCAUCACACAGACCUGUUUGGAGAUGACAUUCUGAUUGUGAGGAGGGGGCAGAACUUCACCGUCACUUUACAUCUGAAACCUGGCAGCAAAGAGUUCAAACAGGGUGAAACGAAAUUCACUCUGAUUGUUGAAACAGGUCCAUUACCCAGGAAAGAAUCAGACACCAAGGUUUCUUUCGGACUGUCUGACUCCACAGUGGACACUGACUGGAGUGCUUCUGCCAUAACUGGUCCCUCUGGAAACACAGUCUCAGUGAGCAUAAAUUCCUCUCCAAACUCCCCCAUUGGUCUUUAUUCUCUGACUCUUGACCAGGAGGGACAGAAGACCACUUUAGGACAGUUUGUCCUGCUUUAUAAUGCCUGGUGUCAGAGAGAUGCUGUUUACAUGCCCAGUGAGUCAAAGAGGAAAGAGUACAUUUUAGGUCAACAUGGAGUGAUCUACAGAGGGACAUAUAAACGAAUCAGUGGGACACCCUGGAACUUUGGACAGUUCGAGUCAGGAAUACUCGAUAUCUGUCUGAAGAUCUUGGAUGUCAACCCCAAAUUUGUGUCAGAUGCAGACAAGGACUGCUCUGGGAGGAGAAACCCCAUUUAUGUGACCAGGGUGUUGAGUGCUAUGAUCAACAGUAAUGAUGAAGGCGGUGUGCUGGUGGGAGAGUGGUAUGACUUUGAGGGUGGAGUACACCCUGGAACGUGGACCGGCAGUGGGAAAAUCUUGCGUCAGUGGGCAAAGAGUGGUCCUGUUCGUUUUGGCCAAUGCUGGGUCUUUGCUGCUGUUGCAUGCACAGUAUCACGUGCCCUGGGCAUCCCAUGUCGAGUGGUUACCAACUUUGGAUCAGCUCACGAUACUAAUGCUAAUCUGGUUAUUGAAAAUUUUUAUGAUGAAAAUGGAGAAGACAUGUCUGAUGACUCAAUUUGGAACUUCCAUGUGUGGGUGGACAGCUGGAUGACUCGCCCUGAUUUAGGGGAAGACUUUGACGGCUGGCAAGCCAGUGACCCCACCCCACAGGAGAAGAGUGAAGGUGUUUACUGUUGUGGUCCUGCCCCACUCAAAGCCAUCAAGGAAGGAGAGCUGACCAGGAAGUAUGAUGCACCCUUUAUUUUUGCAGAGGUUAAUGCAGAUGUUAUUGACAAAGUACAACUGUCAAACGGUCGAAUGGUCGAGUUCGGUGGCUCAACCAAAUCUGUUGGGCGCUUCAUCAGCACCAAAGCAGUGGGUCGAGAUGAGAGACAUGACAUCACUCAUCAGUACAAGUAUGCUGAAGGCUCAACAGAGGAGAGGAAGGUCUAUGAGAAAGCUCAGCACCACAACAAGCUACAGAAGCGUGGAGAAGAACCUGGCCUCUACCUGAAGAUCAAGCUGGCAGAUUCGAUGAUUGUGGGUUCGGACUUUGUUGUGAACGCUAUCCUCAAAAACAACUGCAUGGAUACGAGAACCUGCAGCUUCCUCUUCUUCGCCAGAGCUGUCGGCUACAACGGCAGAAAAGGAGAGAGCUGUGGGUUUACAUCAGACAAAGUGGAAGUGCCCUCUGGAGAAGAAAAACGUCUCUCUCUCAAAUUGGAGUACAGCAGCUAUGGCCCAGUGAUCACUUCCGAUAGACAGAUAAAGCUGUCAGCCGUCACCGUCGACAAACAGACUAUAAACUUCUAUAAAGCUGAAAAGGUCAUCGUACUUGACGAACCAAAUGUGGAAGUCAAGCUGGUUGGAGAUAUCAGAGUGAACGAACCGGUUACAGCAGAAGUGACCAUGUUGAAUCCGUUACCGGAGCCGCUGAAGGACUGCAGCUUCAGUGCAGAGGGACCUGGUCUCACCGGCGGCGAGAUCAUAAUGAAAAAGAUUGGAUCCAUCGGUCCCAAAGAGGAGGCCAAGGCCAGUCUGGAGUUCACUCCUACUGUUGUUGGCUCCAGCGUACUCCUGGUCGGCUUCGACAGCAACAAACUGAAAAAUAUCAAAACCUACAUCAGUGUUGGUGUGAAGGAAAAAGCUCAGCCAGUGGCCUGAUGGCAAUGACAGCAUUAUGUGUUCCUUUGCACUGGACUGGCCUUUUGUUUUGAUGAAUAGACUUAUGAGAUUAAAGUGACUAAAAUCAUCUAAUAUUUUAUAAUAGAUUAAUUUAGAAACACACUCAUCAUAUCCACUAACCAUUAGAAAUGUGAACGAAAAGAAGGAAACAGUAAAUUAUGUUUGUAAGGAUUAAUGAAUGUGAUUUAAUUUAUUUUCAUUUCAUUAUAGAUAUGAUUUUGAAGCUACUGUGAUAAUGACUGGGAAAAGUUUUUGAUGUUGUUAUUCAUACAUGGAAGGAAAAAUCUGCAGACUGAAAAUACUUUUAAUAAAGAAAAUGGCUUCAAUAUUAA